AUGAACAACAGCAAUCACCCUAUAGACGACAACAUCCACGAAACCGCGUCGUCCACCUCUACCCACGCAGAAUCAAAGCACGCAACCACUACCGCCACAGAUGCCACCACCACCACAGCCUCCGUUGGCCCCACAGCACCCCUGUCAGUUUUCUUCCUACCCCAAGACCUAAUCGCCUCCCUGGUGCCCCAAGCCCCCUCAGACACACUCGGUCACCUCCCCCCUCUUCCACUCGAACCCACACGCGACACUGGUAACACCGAUACCGACGGCGCCACGGCUCAGAGGUCUGCCACCUCGCUGGACUCUGCAGUGCCCUCAUGCCGUAUCUGUGGAAUCGCCAACCUCGAAUCGGUCGAGAAGCAGCGUGAGCACGUCCGACUCGACUGGCACCGUUAUAACCUCAAGCAACAGUUACUCGACAAGUCUGCCCGGCCCAUUACUGAACACCAGUUCGAAAACAUGAUCCAGGAUCUGUCGAGCAUAUCUGGGUCUGACACCGAUGACAGUGAUGACGAUAACCAGCAGAGAACUACGGGAACUGCGGCUGCUACAGUAGGCUCUAAUAAUUCGACCGCAGUCAACUCUAUUCGUGCAGGAGGAGACGACCAGGAGAUUCUGAUCCAGUCGCUGAUGAAGAAGUUGGAGUUGACGGUUAAGCAGAACCAGAAUGCUCGGAACCAGGAUCCGGUCUUGGUGCUUCAACAGCAGGCUUUGGAGCGGCAACUUCAGGAGGCGAGGUCUUCGCCCUUUAUCUGGUUUACGAGCACAUUGUACGAUGAGACCGUCCGGUUGGGCAUCUACAAGAAUGCGUUGCCAAAUCGUGGGGUGUGUGAGGAUGUGGUCGAGUACCUCAAGACGGUCCAGUUUGCAGUCGCGCCUGUGGUCAAGAAGCAGAAGAACAACAAGCUUAGGAGGGAGGCCAAGAGAGCUGCUGCUGCUGCCGCUGCUGCUGCUGGAGGAGAGGCUGGUGCAGGACAGGAACAGGAGCCGCAGCAGGCGAUUGCUAAGCAGGAUUUCACUCCCUCUUCAGCCGCCGCCCCCGCCUCCACACCAGUGACUCAGCCUGACGCAGAAGAUGACGAUGACGAUGAUGAAGAGGAAGAGCAGGACCAGGACUGGGUCCAGUAUCAGCUGCAGGCAAAGCAGCUGCAACAACCCGCAGCCUCGAUCCAGCCUCCCAAGCAGGCCAGAUACUGGACCCUGAUUCUGAUCGGUGGUGGUCAUUUCGCCGGUGUUGUGAUGGACCUUGCAGGACAGGCGUCCUCUCAUGGCCGUGAUAUGAAGGUUGUCGCCCACAAGACCUUUCACCGUUACACUGUCCGCAAGAAGCAGGGAGGCUCACAGGCGGCACAUGGAGUCGCGAACUCUGCAGGAGCCCGAAUCCGCAUGUACAACGAAGAGGCCCUCAAACUCGAGGUCCGAGAGCUCCUCGAGGGCUGGUCCCAUUGGAUCAAGCAGUCCGAGUGCGUCUUUGUCCAUUCACCCGGCAACAACAGGAAGGUGCUCUACUAUGAGAACUCUGUUCUUUCAGCGGCCGAGAAGCAGGGCCGUUUGCGGUCGAUUCCAUUUAUGACCCGGAGACCUACUUUGACAGAGUUGAAGAGAGCGUUUGUGGAGUUGACAACUGUUAAGCUGUCGGUGUUGACCAAGGGGGCGCUGGAGCGACAGGCGCAGGCGGAGCAAGAUGCUCUUGAGAAAGCCCUGGCGGCUUCUGCUUCUGCUUCUGCAUCCGCAUCGCCGAAGAAUCAUCAGAAGGCUGCAGUUAUCCCUGAGGCACCGGCGGAGCUGUUGAAGUUGAUCGAGUUGGUCAAGAAAGGUCGUGCUGAGGCCAUGUCGACCCAUCUGUUGAAGCAUGGUAUCGACCCCUCCCAGCUGUUGCCUCUUAGCACCAGUACCGAGUACGAUAUCCGACGCACGCCGACGAUCCUCCAUCUGGCGGCGCAUCAUGGUCAGGCGCAUUGUGUCAAGCUAUUGUUGGAGAAGCAUAACGCGGAUCCUACCACCACUACGCUCUCCGCGGCCAAGGCUGCUGCUGCUGCUGUAGACGGGAAUGGCGAAGAGGAGGAGGAGGAGGAGGAGGAGGAGGAGGAGGAAGCCGGAGCAUUGACGGGUUCGUCGUUUACGGCGUACGAUAUCGCAAAGGACAAGGAGACCAGGAACGCUUUCCGUCGUGCCAUGGCACUGUCGCCCGAGAGCUGGGAUUGGGUCGGACUCGCCCAUGUCCCCUCGGCUCUCACCCCCGAGAUGGAAGCCGAGCAGGAACGCAAAGCUAAGGAGAAGACCCGGAAACUCCUCGACGCCGAGCGUGAACGUAAAAAGACCAGCAGUCGUCCCGGCACACCCGUCAACCGUUCCGUUGCCACCGCCCCAACGUCCACUCCUACAUCAACGUCGUCUUCCUUGCUCGGCAAGAACCUGGCCACGGCCACAUCUGCAAACUCGCAUUUGUCGCCCGAGAUGCGGAUGCGUCUUGAACGCGAGCGACGCGCGAAUGCAGCCGAGGCCCGCAUGACGGCCAUGAAGCAGCAAGAGACUAUCCGACGCGCGGUCCAGGAGGGCAAGAAUGUUUGCGUUGCCUGUGGGAAGUCAUUGGAUGGUUUGACGCCGUUUGAUAAGUUUGGACGCAAGUUCUGUACCACCGACUGUGUCGCCAAGGGACCCGCUUGA